UCCAGCUUCGGAGGCGAGGAUGCUGCGCGUGCGGUGCCUGCGCGGAGGGAGCCGGGGGGCCGAAGCCGUGCACUACAUCGGGUCGAGGCUUGGAAGAGCCGUCAUAGGAUGGGUGCAGCGAACUUUCCAGAGCACCCACGCAGCCGCAGCCUCCCAGACCGCCUGUGCUGCUGCUGAGGACAAAGCCCCCGACCCCGUUCCUGAAGACUGCCCCGUCUGCUCGCACAACGAAUGGGACCUGCUCGAGGAGGUCAUCGUAGGGAGAGCCGAAAAUGCCUGCGUCCCUCCUUUUUCCGUAGAGGUCAAGGCCAAUACCUACGAGAAGUACUGGGGAUUUUAUCAGAAGUAUGGUGGCCAGGGCUUCCCCCAGGAUCACGUCAAGAAAGCAAUUGCCGAAAUAGAAGAGAUGUGCAACAUUUUGAAAAUGGAAGGCGUGGUUGUCAAAAGGCCAGAACCGCUUGACUGGUCGGUCAAAUACAAAACGCCCGACUUUGAAUCCACCGGUAUGUACGCAGCCAUGCCGAGGGACAUUUUACUGGUGAUUGGAAACGAAAUCAUUGAAGCUCCGAUGGCCUGGCGCGCCCGUUUCUUCGAGUACAGAGCCUACCGGCCCAUCAUCAAAGAUUACUUUCGCCGUGGGGCAAAAUGGACAACAGCGCCAAAGCCCACGAUGGCUGAUGAGCUUUACGACCAGGAUUACCCCAUCCGCACCGUGGAAGACAGGCACAAGCUGGCUGCCCAGGGCAAGUUUGUCACCACCGAGUUCGAGCCGUGCUUUGACGCAGCCGACUUCAUAAGAGCGGGAAGGGACAUCUUUGUGCAAAGAAGUCAGGUUACCAACUACUUGGGUAUUGAAUGGAUGCGAAGACACCUCGCUCCGGAGUACCGAGUGCACACCAUCUCGUUCAAAGAUCCCAACCCCAUGCACAUCGACGCCACGUUCAACAUCAUCGGGCCGGGCGUCGUUCUUUCCAACCCCGAUCGCCCGUGCAACGAGAUCGAACUCUUCAAGAAGGCAGGCUGGAGAGUGGUUCGUCCUCCGCUGCCUCUCAUUCCUGACGACCACCCGCUGUGGAUGUCCUCGAAAUGGCUCUCCAUGAAUGUCCUGAUGUUGGAUGAAAAACGUGUGAUGGUGGACGCCAACGAGAUCCCCAUCCAGAAGAUGUUUGAAAGUCUAGGGAUCUCGACAGUUAAGGUCAACAUCCGCCACGCCAACUCGUUGGGCGGCGGCUUCCACUGCUGGACCUGUGACGUCCGUCGCCGCGGCCCCCUGAAGUCGUAUUUUGAUUAGGCGCGGGCCGCGUGAGC